CUCCAAAAUGGCUCCGCAGGGGUUACUUUAGCAAACGCCUGGCUUUUGGGGGAGGAAGCGAUAGGACGACGGGUGUCUAAAUUUAUGCCAAGGAUAAUAUAUCACGAUGGAGCCUUUUACGCCGAACGGAUUCAUCAUAGACGAGAGAGUGUGUAAGAGAGACCUUGCAAGAGAAUUCGACUUGGAAGCAUUCGGCGGUAAAGCGAAGGGUUUGUUUUAUUUAUUCCCGAUAAUAUGGCUGAGAUAUGAUUUAUCUUAAAAUUAUAUGUUUGCGCAAUGUUUAUUCAAUCUCAACACGUCUUUCGCACCUGUUCUGUUUGCGCAAUAUACCAACCAAACCAGAGGCGCUUGAAAUUGAGCACCCCUGACCAACCCCUAAACAACGCGCACUUACAACCACAUGCACGCCAACCGUUUCUAAUAGCGAUAAACACGCCCACUUUUUUGCGUCUCGCACGAGCGAGAGAGCGGGAGAGCGAACGAGCGCGCGCAUGCAAUGGUGAAAAGAAAAACCCGUGCGGGAAAACCGCAUCAGUGCGAACGGGACGGCGCACAUCCGGAAAGAGCGAGACACACGUCCGGCUAUGUUCAAACCGUUUUAUGUGCUAUGUUUUAUGAAGCGUUUGGCUCGUUUCCGAACGUGAUCUCGACCGAGGAGGAUGCAUUUCGCGCGUGCUGCUGCUCCCGUCUGACUGUCGAGCGGGUUUGGGAAAAAAUAUUUUACCGAAAUUUGCAAACACCACACCGUCACGUUAAGCAUCAUCAGGUGUGGCUUUAAUCACCAGGCGUGUGUGUGUGUGUGCGUGUUUUUGGAGUUGUGAUUUGCGUGAGUUUUGUGGCCGUUUUAAUAAUAAACCACACCGUGCUGUAAGUGUUUAAUGUGUGUAAAAUGCCAACCCACUUUUCGUGACAGCGACGUGACAGAAUUCGGUCGAGACGUUGGUGCUACUACGUGAAUAUUUAUCGUCCGGAACCCGGAUACAUGUGCCACUCCUAUGCAGACAAGCGUUUUUUCCCUGUUUUUGAUCCCGCACCGUUUCGCCAAGCUAAUCGCGUGUGCCAUCGAGCUUUCCGUUUUUUUUGCCCCCCAACCGGAAAGGAUAAUGUGUAACGUGUGAUGAUGAUACUCCGUUUUUCUCCUGCCAUACCGUCGCUUUUGCUCGCUGAAAUCGACACAAAAAUCGAUGAUAAGAAAUGAUACAUCACGCUAGCUAAUGUGCGGAAAAGCGAUUAGAUCCUGUGUAGCGUUUCAGUGCAGAUAAAUGACUCCUAAAAAGGAUGCCUUUUUAUGUCGAUGUCCUGUGCCAGUGAUAGCGCAAACGGAGCGAAUCGUUAGCGCAAGCCAGCAGUGCGUGCAUUUGCGUGUGUGUUAAAUAUUCUCAAACAGCGCCAAAGAAAAGGGAAGCACACAGCGAAAUGGAAAUGUUAAAGCUGAUGAUGAACACCGGCGACUACUUGUGCGGAUUGGGCAAUGGUGUCAAUAAUAACAAUAAUAACAUUAACAAUAACAACAACAACAAUGUGGAGGAUAUCAAAAAGGAUCAGCAGCGGGCCCGCAGUCCGGAUUAUCGCGUACCACCGAUUAAUCUCGACGAAUUACCCGAGGUUUUGCUCUCUACCAUUCCCAAAUGUGGCGGCUGUCACGAGCUCAUCCUGGACCGGUUCAUCCUCAAGGUGUCCGACCGGACGUGGCACGCCAAAUGUCUCCAGUGCAGCGAGUGUCGGGUGCAGCUGAACGAAAAGUGUUUCGCCCGCAACGGUCAGCUGUUCUGCAAGGACGAUUUCUUCAAGCGCUACGGGACAAAGUGUGCCGCUUGUGAUCUCGGCAUACCGCCAACGCAGGUGGUCCGACGGGCGCAGGACAACGUGUACCAUCUGCAGUGCUUCAUGUGCUCGAUGUGCUCGCGGCAGCUAAACACGGGCGAUGAGUUUUACCUGAUGGAGGACUGCAAGCUGAUCUGCAAACCGGACUACGAGGCAGCGAAAGCUAAAGGUCUCUAUCUUUCCGAUGGUUCACUGGACGGGGAGUCGUCGAACAAGCGACCACGAACCACCAUCACUGCCAAGCAGCUGGAGACGUUAAAGAGCGCCUACAACAGCAGUCCCAAGCCGGCACGCCACGUUCGGGAACAGCUAUCCCAGGAUACCGGGCUCGAUAUGCGUGUAGUGCAGGUGUGGUUUCAGAAUAGACGAGCGAAAGAAAAGCGAUUGAAGAAGGAUGCGGGUCGCACUCGCUGGAGUCAGUACUUCCGGUCGAUGAAGGGAACCUCCUCGCCCAGCCGUGUCGACAAGCUGCUCGACAAGGAUGAGCUAAAGAUUGAUCUCGACAGUUUCAGUCAUCACGACCUCAGUAAUGAUAGCUACAGUACGUCCAACAUGGGCCUGGAGGACGGUGCCUCGCCGCACAGUGCCCGAGGGUCCUACAUCCACGGCAACGGCAGUCCCCCGCCGUACCUUUCCAGCCACUCGCCUCCGCCCAUGGGAGCCGGCCACCCGUACGGUUCCUACCCGGACAAUAUCGUCUACACGCCACUAGGACAACCCCUAAGCUCGAUGCACCCUGGUGCUCGCCGGCCUGGGCUGCACGGUAGCGCCGUGUCGGACCUCAGCAACGAUUCUAGUCCCGCGCACGGCUAUCCCGACUUCCCGCCCAGUCCCGACUCGUGGCUCGGUGACUGUCCGCCCCAUCCGCAAACACAGCUUCCAGCGGCCGGUGGUGCGCCCAACGGUACACCCGGCCCAAACGGGCCCCUUCAAUCGCAGCAGGUAGCACCACCGCCACCACUGCUGGGGCAGCAGCAGCCGGCACCGAAUGGCACGUCCGCCCUGACGCACUACUGAUGCAGGCGCAAGGGAGUACCGGCACGGUGUUACACCCAGCUGCGCACUAGUUUGCAUUAGUGACGGGGCAAAGAGCCCCCCGGCGUUUGUUUUGUGAUUCCGUUUAGAGCCGUUAGUCGAAAUGUGCCAUAGAUUUGCGCGAACCAUCGUUUCGCGGUUAUGUGUCACAACACUUUCUCUGUAAAAGCACCCACAGCCCACAAAACAAUCAAACCACUAUACUAUAGCAGCGAGUAGAUUGUCCAAGUCAGAAAUCAAAUGAGUGUAGAACUAGUCGUGAAGAAAUCGGGAAGAGAGUGGAGGAGAGAUCCAAAGCAGUAAGUAGCAGUAAGUCAAAACAAAACCCAUAAAUCACCCGGUGCUAGUCGUCUUGGACACCGAUAGUUAGUGCAUUGUAGUGCGUUCCGCGUGCAAGGCGGAGGCGUAGUGCGAUAGUCCAAUCCAUACGUAAAUGAAACCCCGAUUGGUCCGGUUUGGUUUUCGGAAGCCGGAACAAAAUGUGUUAUGUCCACUCCACGUCCCCCUCCAUCCCCACUAGUUGUUCCUUGGGGUUCCGUUUCGUUUCUGUAGCUGGUACGAAACGGCCAUCUCGGCCGAGAGUCUUGUUGAAGCCAAAAACAAGAAGUUGAAACCAAUCGAACGUCACUUUCGGUAGGAUUAAAGGCUCGACAGCAAGAUCCAAUGUACAGUGUGCCAUCACCGUCGUGUGCAGCAUUAUUCGCAAGAUGACCAACAUUUUGUUGGAAAAAUGCAAGGAUAGCAGUGUUAGUAGAAGUGAGCUGAUGAGUAGGUAAGAACAGUGUUUUCUUCACACAGCCACACAACACAAGUCAAUCAAAGGUGAAGAAAAUGCAGGGAAAAACAAGGCAAAUAGGAAGGACCAACUGAGUCCCGUACACCCCUUAACAGUAACCUUUCGGAAACGAGAACUGACGUCCUGCGUAUAUAUAUACAUACUAUACAUAUAUACAUACAUAGCUAUAUACAGCUCCUACUACAGCAGCAACUACAGCUACUAAACCAAUCGGAGGCUGCACGCAUGGCCCUCUGCUCGGUAAUCCUAACGGAAAAUGUGUACAUAUUUAUUUAAUUUAUUGCUAUAAACAAAACAAAAGGAUCGAUCGUGAACGAAAAUACAGACACCGCAAACACACAGGCCGGUUUUGCGGAUUGACACCGUU